GGCGCUGUUUCUCGCUCUCACAAACACACGGAAGUAGCCGAUGGGGGUGCUGAAAGUGCUCGUAAUGUUAUCCUCUUUUGAUGAGGGUUAACAGCGCACUAUACCGUUACCCUUGCAGUUUUCGCGGGAUAAUAAUAACCUGUAACGAUGGAAUAGCGACCUCUCGUUUGAUCUUGGACGACAUUUGAUUCAUCCACCUCCAGUUUGAAAAACCUGGUUCACCCCGCUUUGGGAAAAAAUGGACCAGGAGUUUGAGAACAUCGAUUCAUCUGGACAGUGGCAAAACCUUUAUUAUGAAAUGCGUAACCAGUCUCAGGAGUGUCCCUACAAAGUGGCCAAGUUCCCAGAAAAUCACAAUAGAAAUAGAUAUAGAGAUGUCAGUCCCUAUGAUCACAGCCGGGUGAGAUUAGAAAAUUCAGAGAAUGACUACAUAAAUGCGAGCUUAAUUACCAUGGAGGAGGCCCAGAGAAGGUACAUAUUGACACAGGGCCCCUUGAGGAACACGUGUGGUCAUUUCUGGCUAAUGAUUUGGGAACAGCGUUCAAAAGCAGUUAUUAUGCUUAACAGAGUUAUAGAGAAAGGCUCGGAGAAGUGUGCACAGUACUGGCCAACAGAGGAGGAGCGAGAUAUGGAUUUCAGUGACACUGGAUUUGUUGUAAUUCUUGUGUAUGAGGACAUUAAACCGAAUUACAUAACACGACUACUAGAACUUCAAUAUAGCAAGACAGGAGAAACCAGACAGGUCUAUCAUUUUCAUUACACAACGUGGCCUGAUUUUGGUGUACCAGAGUCACCAGCGUCAUUCCUCGACUUCCUGUUCAAGGUUCGAGAGUCUGGCUCUUUGGGCCCAGAGAACGGGCCUGCUGUGGUCCACUGCAGCGCUGGAAUAGGUCGAUCUGGGACUUUCUCAUUGGUUGACACAUGCCUUGUCUUGAUGGACAAAAGGAAAGACCCUUUGUCUGUGGACAUCCAGAAGGUUUUGUUAGAUAUGAGAGGGUAUCGAAUGGGUCUUAUUCAAACUCCAGAUCAGCUUCGGUUCUCAUAUAUGGCAGUCAUGGAGGGUGCAAAGAACAUCCUGAGAGACUCGAUGCUACAGUGGUCUAUGGAACAUCAGGAGCCAAUCCCUGAUUUGGGUUCAUGUCCUCAGAGCCCCAUCAUGACUUUAGACAAUCUCAAUGGACAGUCUGACUCUUGUAUGGAGACACAGGAGCUAGGAAGAGGACACAAGAUACAAUCACAAAAGGAAGAGCAGCUUACAGAGUUAAAAACAGGAAGCCUACGCCAACGAAAUCGUGAGGAGCGGAUAGCCAGCAUGACACAGAAGGUGCAGCAAAUGAAGCUGAAACUGAGCGAUUUGGAGAAGAAGAGGGAGAAUUGGCUGUUCUGGAGACCUAUUCUCCUAAACGUCGGCGCUGGUGCAGCUGUAGCACUAGGACUGUGCAUGUGCUGGGCUUUUCUGUCCCAGUAAUGCCAUUUUACCACACAUAUUCCUCUCCUUGACUUUUAUUUGGUCCAGGGACCAAAAUUAUGGUACUCCUUUAGGUAGGUGCUUGGAUGUUUCUAGAUAAGGGACUGAAUGUAGAAUGAUUGUGUUUACAAGCAUUCGUACUGUGACAUUCUACACGAUUCAUUGAAUGUUUGUGUAAUAUGUGGUUAUUACAGUGUAACGAAUGCUGUGGUUACUUUGUAACUACUAUUGUAAUUCCAUCUUUGUUUAAGUUCUUGAGGCUUAAAAACUUACUGUACAGUAUUUUGUUUCCGUUUAUCUGCAAAGCAAUAUACACGUUAUUCCCUACGAAUUAACAGGUCCAAUGGAGUUAGUUUAAAUCACCCGUCUUCAGGUUUUGCUACUCAUUUGUUUCAAUAGGUCAGAACCCAAUGAGUUUCUGAACAAGGUCGUUACAUGCACAUCUCAGGGUCUUCUAUUAAUAAACUGAUUUAAUUUAGACUCAGCCAAAUGUAAUAAGUUGUCUGGUUUUCACUUUUCCCUGAAAAAUGUACAUAGUAAACUUGUUCACUACACAAGAAAUGUUGCUGUUCAUUUGCAUUAUUGUCUCAAAUAUCAGCUGUGCUUAUGCCCUUAUGUGUAUGGUUGUCUGGUUUCACAAAGUAAUUUGUGCCAAUGAAACGGCAUCCCACAUUUUAUCGACGCAUGUGAGAAAAGCUGAUUAAUGCACAAAUAAAUGCAGAUUAUGUUAAAUUGCACAUGGUGCAUGUUUACAUGUGUC